AUGAAAACGAAUAUCACGUGUGACUCACUCUUUGCGGCAAGAUCCAUAAAUAUAUUGUGGUUAAUUGAUCAUCGGCGGAGAUAUGUGCGGUGUAGUGGACAUUAUAAAGCAUUUCUUUUCAAAUACGUUGGCGAGCAUAGAGAAGCCGAAGGUGAGAGUGGUGGAUGUCGAUCUGAAAGCGAGAUCCAGUACGCUCUCAAAAGUUGCGGCAGCUUGAUAGCGAACGGGACAAUCCCAGACAUAGGAUCACUCAAAGGGAAAGGUGACACCAUAUUAUAUGCGGAGAUUAAUUUGCCACACGGUGCGUUGGUAACCUUGGUCCAAGAUAUCACUGAUGAUUGGGACAUUGACUACGAGCUUGAUGCCACGCUGGUUAUAGAUUUCAUUUGCGAUAUCAAUAUACCUAUAACUAGCAAUGGUGAGAUCAAGCUUCCUUCGGUCGUCGACUUGUUUCCUAAUUAAAUGUGUGAAAAAAAAAAAUAACACCAAUCUCGUGAUCACAUGCUUUUCAAUUAUGUUUUAAUUUGUAAUCCUUUAUGAGUUCUCGAAUGAAUGAUAAUUUGUAAAUGGUGUUAUAUGCAAACUUGUAUUCAUUAUCAAAC